UUUUGAUGGUGUUUGAGUAGUGCAGUGUACUAGUUGUAUUCUCUGUUUCCCAUGCAAUAUGAAUAUGAAUAUGAUGAUUCUUUCUUCCCCACAGAACACUAUUCUAUUCUCCAUCAUCUUGGUUACUUUCAACAAAUUGAAAAUUGAAAAUAAAAAAUAAAAAUUGAAAGGCUACUUGAGUUGGGCUCAUUCUGUUUCUGUUUCUGUUUCUGUUUCUCUCUCCUCCCUUUGCUGCUACUCCAAAUCCCAAUGGAGAUUUCACCAACCUUAAGCUUCUUGUGUUUUAACCUUGUUCUAGUUGCUUCCCUUGCAGCUGUGUACUCUGAUGAUGUCUUCUCUGAUUCACUGCUCAGCUUAAAAUCUGAGUUUUCAGAUAAUUAUAAUGCCUUGGGUGACUGGUUCAUGCCUUCCAGGAGAAAUCCAUUUGAUGAAAUAGCAGCUUGUUCAUGGACUGGGGUUUCUUGCAACAGCAACUCUACCAUGAUUAUUGGGUUGGACCUCUCAGGCAGAGGACUCGGCGGCGAACUUACUGGUAAACAAUUUCAUGUCUUUGUUGAUCUUGUUAGUCUCAAUUUCAGCCAUAAUUUGUUUUCUGGGGACCUUCCUGUUUCAAUCUUUAAUCUCACAAACUUGAAGAAUUUAGACAUUAGUAGGAACAAUUUUUCAGGCAAUUUUCCAAAUGGGGUUUCUGGGUUAAAGAAGCUUGUGGUACUUGAUGCCUUUAGCAAUGGCUUUUCAGGGCCAUUACCAGCUGAGGUUUCACAGGUUCAGUCACUCAAAGUUGUUAACUUUGCUGGUAGUUACUUCAGUGGGCCAAUCCCUUCAGAAUAUGGGAAUUUCAAGAGCUUAGAGUUGAUCCAUUUAGCUGGGAAUCUUCUUGGUGGUGAAAUUCCUCCUGACCUAGGCAAACUUCAAACUCUGACCCACAUGGAAAUUGGCUAUAAUUCUUACCAAGGAGGCAUCCCUAUGGAAAUAGGUAAUAUGAGCCAACUUCAAUACCUUGAUAUUGCUGGUGCUAAUCUCUCUGGUCCAAUCCCAAAAGAGAUUAGCAAUUUGGCUAAGCUUCAAUCCCUUUUCCUCUUUAGAAACCAGCUUACUGGGUUGAUUCCUUCACAGUUGAGCAACUUGGUUUCUCUGCAAAGCUUGGAUCUUUCUGACAAUCAGCUUUCUGGGAAAAUCCCAGAGAGUUUCUCAGAGCUAAAGAAUCUCUCUUUGCUUAGCCUUUUUCAAAAUGAAUUGAGUGGCACUGUUCCCCAAGCCAUAGCAGAUCUUCCUAUGUUGGAUACUCUACUACUUUGGAACAAUUAUUUCUCUGGGUUUCUUCCAAAUACCUUGGGGGUCAAAUCAAACUUGAAAUUGGUGGAUGUUUCAACCAACAAUUUCAGUGGAAAGAUACCCCCUAGUCUUUGUGUUAAUGGCAUGCUCUCUAAGCUUAUACUAUUCUCUAAUUACUUUACUGGUGAGCUUCCUUUUUUUCUCUCCAAUUGUUCAUCUCUCGUGCGAAUUCGCUUCGAAGAUAAUUCACUUUCAGGUCCCAUCUCAUUGAACUUUGGCAGUCUAUCUGAUAUUUCAUAUGUUGAUUUGUCAAGUAACAAGUUAACAGGAGGCGUUCCUGAGGAUAUUACUCAAGCUUCUAAGCUUGAGUACUUCAACGUCUCCAACAACCCUGAGCUUGGAGGUGAUCUUCCACCAAAAUUAUGGUCCUUGCCACUUCUUGGCAACUUCUCAUCCUCCUCCUGUAACAUAUCAGGCAAUAUUCCCCCUUUCCAAUCUUGCAAAUCCCUUACUGUUGUGGAACUUAGUUCAAACUACUUGUUGGGGAAUAUGCCAGAAACUAUUUCAGAUUGCCAUAGUCUUAGUAUCAUAGACCUAUCUCAUAAUAACAUCAGUGGUGAAAUCCCUGAAAGUCUAGGUCAUUCCACAAGCUUGGUGCUGCUAAAUGUGUCAUUCAAUGAUAUAUCUGGCUCAAUUCCAGACAACAACCAUUUUAGAUUGAUGGACAACAGUGCUUUUCUAGGCAACCCAAAGUUAUGUGGGGUACCAUUACAGGCGUGCCGGAAUUCUAAGGAAAUCCAAACUGAGUUAUUGUGGGUACUGGUACUUUGUGCAGCUGUUGUUGUUUUUAUAGCCCUUGCUGUUUCUGGAGUAUAUUAUAUCCAGAAAGAGAGAAAAAAAGGGCAAUGGAAAAUGAUAUCUUUCAACGGGUUUCCUAACUUGACUGCAAAUGAUGUGUUAAAGAGCUUUAGUUCUCCAGAAUUCAUGGAGACGAUACAGUAUCCAUUGGUAUCCUCUCCAAUCUGUAAAGUCACCUUGCCAACAGGAAUAACAGUUUCAGUGAAGAAGAUUGAGUGGGACCCACAGAGAAUGGAGGUGAUGGAAGAGUUGAUCAUCCAAAUGGGCAAUGCAAGACAUAAAAACUUAACUAGGUUGCUUGGUUAUUGCUACAACAAGGAUCUUGUGUACCUUCUAUAUGAUCACUUGCCGAAUGGAAAUGUGGCUGACAAGAUUUUAGGAAGACAGGAUUGGAGUUCCAAGUAUAAGACAGUGUUGGGUAUCGCAAAGGGUCUAUGCUUUCUUCAUCAUGAUUGUUAUCCAGCAAUUCCUCAUGGCGGUCUUAGGCCGACCAACAUAGUAUUUGCUGAAAGUAUGGAACCCCAGUUGACUGAAUUUGGUUUCCGGUUUUUGAUGCAGCUUAACAAAGCUUCAUUCCCAGUCACAGUAUCCAAAAUGCAACCAGGUCAAUACACAUCAGUCAAAGAGGAGUUGUACAUGGACAUCUAUAACUUUGGAAAUAUCAUCCUAGAAAUCUUGACGAAUGGAAGGACUCAAAAUGUGAGUAAGAGUAUACUAAACAAGCCAACAGAACAACUGUUAGAGGAGAUAUGCAGCGAGAAUGAAGUGAGUCCUCAAAAUUCUUUGAGGAAGGAAAUAAGUUUGAUGCUUGAAGUUGCUUUACUCUGUACCAGAAGCAGAUCAACUGACCAACUGUCUAUGAAGGAUGUCUUGAAUCUUUUAUCUGGUUCGAUUUGUUGAAUGUAAAUAUCAGAAGAGCACAUCCUAGAUGAUAGUAAUUAAAGUAAAUACUAGUAUACAUAGCUGCACUGACUAUGAGUUACCAAUCAUUUGCAGCUAAGAUUGCUGAAGGCUAUAGUAUUUCUUCCCUUUUUCUAGUUUUCUCUGUAUUUUACUUUAGUUUGAAUUAAACUUUAUUAUAUUCGUGGUCAGCUUAACUCAACAACUGAAUUUUUGGAAUUAAUAACAUUGCAUUUUGCUGGACAA